GAUCCGAAGUGCCUCUGAUAUCCGCGCGAGCGCUGCUGUGCUCUGCAGCUGCUGGGCUCGGAGAGCUGUUUGCUAACGCGGCUAACUGCUUAUACAUCAUCUUUUCACAGAAGUGUACAGCAGGAGUUUGGUCGAAUAAAAGGAAGAGUUUAGGAUCGUCUUAAAAUCUUGAGUUUUUCAGUGCUUUUACAAUGAAGACAGGAGGCCUACAACGCUCUUUACGACACUCUCGUGGACAGACUCCUGCUCCUGUCAGCUCACAGCUCAAUAAGGACCUGAAGACAGCGACUCGUACGAAGGCAGGUGGAAGGACACCUGUGAGAAACGUCUCCCCUGUGAACAAACAGAAUGGAGAACUCCAGAAGAAACCUGACAUGGACAGCAGCUUCUUGCAAGUCUUCUCCUGCUCCUUGUGUGCACUAUCCUUUACAGCUCAAAUUUAUCUCCACAAGCACAUCCGGCGCUGCCAUUACGAAGAAUAUGUGAGGUUACUUAAAGCAGGCGAGGUUAAAUAUGAGAAUCUUGCAAGGAGAUACAGUAGACCGCAAACAUCCUCCGGUACUACCGAAUCUCAAAAACAAUCGAAGAAACAAACUUGCCAGUGCUCAGAUUGUGGGAAGAGUUUUAAUCAACCAAGUCAUCUGGAAAUACACCAGCGCGUUCACACAGGAGAAAAACCGUAUCGCUGUUCACAGUGUGGGAAGAGUUUUACACAAAAGAGUCACCUCCGAACGCACCAGCGCAUUCACACUAGCGAAAGGCCAUAUAGCUGCUCAGAGUGUGGGAAGAGCUUUACUAAUAACAGCGGUCUCCAAACACAUCUGCGCGCGCACACGGGAGAAAAGCCAUACAGCUGCUCCCAGUGUGGGACGAGUUUUACUCGCCAGACUUCUCUGCGACUACAUCAGCGCAUUCACACUGGAGAAAAACCGUAUCACUGCUCACAGUGUGGAAAGAGUUUUAGCUACCAAACUUCUCUCGUGCUCCACCAGCGCAUUCACACAGGAGACAAACCCCAUCAGUGCUCAGAGUGUGGGAAAAGUUUCGGUCGACAGAAUACUCUCAAAAUGCAUUUGCGCAUUCACACAGGAGUGAAGCCUUAUUACUGCGCCAAAUGCGGAAAGAGUUUUACUUAUCAGACAAGUCUCCAACAACACCAGCGCAUUCAUGCAGGGGUGAAGCCACAUCACUGCUCACAGUGUGGCAAGAGUUUUAGCAGCAAACCUGCGCUCAAGAAGCAUCAACACACUCACACCGGAGUGAAGCCGCAUCACUGCUCACAGUGUGGGAAGAGCUUUACUCGAGAAAGUUAUCUUAAACUACACCAGCGCAUUCACACAGGAGAGAAGCCGUAUCAGUGCUCAGUGUGUGACAUGAGUUUUAGUCAACAGGGUCAUCUUCGAAAACAUCAACGUACUCACACAGGAGAGAAGCCAUAUCAGUGCUCAUACUGCGAUAAACAAUUUAUUGACACUGGUUCUCUGAAAAUACACGAGCGUGUUCACACGGGAGAGAAACCGUAUCGGUGUUCAGUGUGUGGAAAGAGUUUUACACAGCAAGGUAAUCUCCAACUCCACCAGCAACGCAUUCACAUAGGCGAGAAGCCGUACAGCUGCUCCGAGUGCGGAAAGCGUUUUUGUGACCGCAGCUCUCUCAAAAUACACCAACGCAUCCAUACGGGCGAGAAACCGUAUCACUGCUCUGAGUGUGGGAGGAGUUUUACUGUUAAAAGUCACCUCCAAAGUCACCAGCGCAUUCAUACAGGAGAGAAGCCGUAUCGCUGCUCACAGUGUGGAAAAUGUUUUUCUACCUCGAGUUCCCUCAAAAUACACAACCGCACUCACACAGGAGAGAAGCCGUAUCAGUGCCCACAGUGCAAGAAGCGAUUUACUGUCCAAAGUCAUCUCAAAAGUCACCAGCGCGUUCACGCAGGAGAGAAGUCAUCAUGAGGAUUCAUGGUGGAGGUAGAUUUACGAAACCGUUCGCAGCAGGACAUGGGUCACAAACCUUUGUCAGAUUGUAAAAUCUAAAGAUCUGUCACUUGGCAAGUAUAGUUGGUAAAGAUUUUUUAUUUUUUUUUAUUCCUUUACUCCUAGAUUAAUUAUGGUUAAAUGAUUUUUUAAAUCAGAUUUGUGCUCCAUUCUCAUUUCAGUCAUGACUUUGUUUAAAAAAAAAAAAAAUAGUACACAUGGUAAAGCUACUCAUCAUUAACAUGUAAAUUAGGGUGCUAAAAGUUAUGUAUACGAAACUGUAAGAACGCUAGUCACUCAGAGGGAGAAGGAUUUUCCUUACUAGCACUCGUAUGACCAACUUUCUUAUCAGCCAUAACAUUAUGACCACUGACAGGUGAAGUGAAUGAACUGUAAUGAAAUAAUCAAAUGUUAAAGACAUGCAGUUAGGUUAACAUAGGACGGCCUUGGGCUGAAGUGCCCAAGAGUGGGGGCGCGUACGUAUGCAGCAGCUUUGCUCUCCUGUGAUGAACUAAAUUUCGUUGUACAUUUGUGCAGUGACAAUAAAGGCAUUCUAUUCUAUAACAGAAA